UUUUAGAUUUCUUGCAACUGGAGACACAUACCAAACUAUAAGCUUCAGCUACAGAAUUGGUAGAAGCACUGUCUCUGGAAUUGUAAAGGAAGUCUGCGACGCAAUCUGGAAUAAGAUGCAGCCUAUAUACAUGCCAACUCCAGAUGAAAAUCUAUGGAAGAAAGUAGCAGAAGAAUUUCAAGACAGAUGGAACUUUCCUCAUUGCAUUGGUACAAUAGAUGGAAAACACGUAGAAAUCCAAGCUCUUCCAAAUUCAGGUUCAACGUUCUACAAUUACAAGAAGUAUUUUUCAACAGUUCUCUUGGGCUUGGUUGACUCACAAUAUAGAUUUAUUGCAAUUGACACUGGCUCAUAUGGCAAAGAGUGUGAUAGUACUAUUUUUUCAGAAAGUGCUAUGGGUAAAAGACUAACCAGCUACAGUUUUGCAUUACCCAAAGAUGAACCAUUAGUAGAGGGAGGGGUCAGUUUGCCGUAUGUUGUGAUGGGUGAUGAAGGAUUUCCACUGAAACGGUUCAUUAUGCGUCCAUUUCCAAAAGAUAAACUCACAAAUGAAAGACGCAUAUUCAACUACAGGAUAUGCCGGUGUAGGAGGGUGGUAGAAAAUGCCUUUGGCAUUCUUGCACAUAGAUGGCGUUUGUACUUCCGGCCUUUGCAAUGUGAGAUUGACACAGUUCAAAAAAUUAUCAAGGCAACUACAGUACUACACAACUAUCUUUGCAGCAAGGGUGACAUCACAACUGUCAGAACUGAAGAAGAAAUUGCUGAGGCUAACAAAAAUUGCUGGAAACCAUUGAAUAGAUCUAGGCUUAGGGAAGGGAAGGAUGCUAUAGAAAUAAGAAACCAUUUUGUACAAUACUUCAAUUCCGAGCAUGGCAGCGUGCCUUGGCAGUGGCAACAUUUGUAGACCACGCGAAAAAUAUUUUUGUGAAUAGAAUGAUAAUUGAAUUAUAUUUUUCUAUUUAGCAAUAAAACAUUUUAAAAAAUUGAUUCCAAUUCCAGCAAAAUAUCUUAUUUGAAAUCAACAUUAUUAAUAUCGGUUCAACAAUCAAAAUAUCUCUGGCUAUUCUAUUCGAAUAAGAAAG